CUGCUGAUGUUGACAUCGACGGAAUAUGUACUUAAUUCGCUGUAUCCAGAACUUCUUGCAGGAUGGCAUAAUUGAGACCCAUUCUUUAUAAAGGGCCAAACUGAAUAGCAGUCUUUCCUUUCUUGCACUUGAUGACAGAAACGAAUUCAGCUUUUAAAAUGUGUUUGAAAAGCUCAAGAUGAAGGACAGUUCUAUAAAAUAAUGUUCAUGUUUAUUGUAGCGUUAAGAUUCUUGGUGAAGAAUCUAAUCCACAACUUCCCAGGCGUGAAGCAGUAGCACUUACAACUCAACCACAGUGUUCCAUAGUACUUGAAGUGAAUAAUAUUGUACCGCAAUAUGGAUGGAAGCAAAGCAGAACAAGAUUUAGAAGUGAAGAUGCAAGCUAAUGAUACAAAACUGGAUAGCAGUGAAAUGCCAUUGAGAUAUUCCUCAAAUGAUGACGAGCAAAAUGAGACAAUAGUCAAACAAGAGCCUGAAUCAGAUGGCGAGACAGAUGCAGAGCUCACACAUCACAGAGACGAGGUUCCAGCACCAUUUAGUUUUGUUGCAGUUAAAAGUGAAAUUAUUCAUGAAGAUGAAUCAUGGGAUAGCACUAUAGUGAAGGAAGAAUAUGAGGAUGUAAUUUCAGCAGAAAACUAUGAUCAGUGUCUAGACAGGGAACUCUCCAGUCAAGAGUCUUCCAGUUAUGGUAGUUUGUCAGCUGAAGUUGAUGGGCAUAAACAUUGUUAUGGUGUCAGUGAUAUAAAUAACUGUUAUGAUGGAGAUAGGCGCAGUCAUAGUGAGAUUAACGUAGCGAUGACAACCACAGAAGUAAUGCUUGGUAAUGUAAGCACCAACAAAGUACGUAAGAAGAAACGAAAGAACACAGGAGAAAAAAUUUAUAAAUGUGAUGAAUGUAGUAGAAUGUUUGCCAGGAAAGAGCAUUUGAUGAGGCAUUAUCGCACCCACACUGGAGAGAAACCAUACAAAUGUGAUAUUUGUAGUAAACUCUUUUCCCAGAAUGGAACUCUGAAAGGACAUUAUCGCACACAUACUGGAGAGAAACCGUAUUCAUGUAGCAUAUGUAAUAAGAGGUUUGCAGAAAAUGUAAAUUUGAGGAACCAUUCCCGUGUUCAUGCAGAAGAAAGACUUCAUAAGUGUGACUUGUGCAGUAAAGCUUUUUCUAUGAGGGUUAGUCUCAAAACUCAUUAUCGUUCUCACAUGGGAGGAAAGACACACAAGUGUGAAAUAUGUCGUAAGGAAUUUUCUAAAGGUGACAAUUUAAGGAAACAUUAUCGUACUCAUACAGGUGAAAAGCCACAUAAAUGCGGUCAGUGUGGUAAGGAAUUCUCUGUGAGUGCAAACCUGAAAAGACAUAUUCGAACCCACACAGGUGAAAAACCUUACAAAUGUGUAGUCUGCAAUAAGGAGUAUUCCAAGAGUGAGCAUCUUAAAACUCACCAACGAAUCCAUACCAUAGUUUGACUUUUUGUAAUGCUUGUGUUGAGUACCAACUGUUGAAGUGCUUUGUUUGUAAGGUUCCUGAAAAAGCACUAAAUUGUAGAAGUUAUUUCACAUUGUAUGACAUGAGAGAAUGAAUUAUUGAGCAGUUAACAUGGCCUCUUCAUGUUCAGGAGGUACAGGUGUGAUUCCUGAUUCAGGUCAACCAUUGUGAGAGGUUUUUCAUGGCCUCCCCUGUCCCUCCAUACAAAUGAGUGCUGUGAUAUCUCAAGA